GUGUUCGACUUGACAGUUUGUACUUACGCACGUUCUUUUGCCGGAGUUUGGUUUAACUAAACUGAUUUAUUUCGGGGAGGGGAUUGGUGGAGAUGGCAGCCGUUCUGCUGCAGGUUCUGGAGCGGACGGAGUUGAAUAAACUCCCGAAAGGUGCCCAGAAUAAGUUGGAGAAGUUCAUUACGGAUCUGCAGAAUACGAACGACGCGCUCAGAACGCAGCAUGAGCGGUUCAAAGCAGACUGUGAGCAGCAGUACUUUGACAUUGAGAAAAGACUUGCAGAGAGUCAGGAACAGAUCCUGUCUACCACUAAAGAGCUGCAGGCACUCAAGGAGGAAAACAAAAAACUCAAUGAAGAGUUGAGCACUCUAAAAGGAAUAGAGGGUGACAUUUCUGAAGAUAAAUCACAACAGGUCAAGUCCAAAUAUGAGAUUGAGGCAGAGAAGAGAGAAGUGGCCAGGCUGCUGGAGAAGAGAACCCAGGAAGUGGAAAAUCUUACUGAGGAUGUAAAGCAUCUGAGUGAGAAACUUAUGGAUGCCAACAAAGUUAAGCUGGAGCUGCAGUUAAAACUUGAUGACAUACAGUCAUCUGAGACAUCUGUACAGCAUCAAGAGAAGCGUAUGGAGAAAGAGAAAGAAUUACUUGAAAAGAAAGUGGAGUGGUUAACUGCAGAACUGAAGACAAAGACUGAAGAACUUCUAAGCACCAACAGAGAGAAUGGUAAACAGAUCCUGGAGCUGCAGUGUAGUCUGAAGAACAGCAAGGAGCAGGUAACCACAUUUGAAAGUCACAUUGCCUCUCUGAAGGAAACCAGUGAAAGUCAGACUAAAAGAGCUGAAGACUUGAACAAUAAACUGAAACGGGCUAAAGAUGAACAGAAUGCUAUGGAAGAGAAAUACCGCAAUGAACUCAACGCUCACAUCAAGUUGUCCUCACUCUACAAGGGGGCAGCAACAGACUUUGAGAACAAAAACCAAGAACUGAGCAGAGCAGUGGAAGAACUCACCAAGCUGGUCAAAGACACAACUGAAGCCAACAAGAUGAUUGAGAAGAAGAUGUCAGAAAGCGAAGAAGGGAGGACCCAGCUUGAGGCAGAUCUUAGAGAGAAGAUUAAAAAAAUGGAGAAAGAGUUGGAAAAUGCUACAGUGAAGGCUGCAGGGAAACACUGCUGUGUGCCUUCACUAACUGAGGAGCAGCUAGAAUCGAUGUGUCCCUCAGCAUCUGCCAUUGCUGCAGUUGUCAAGCCUGGGAUGAAGUUCUUUGAUCUGUAUAACGCCUUUGCAGAGUGCCAGACUCAGCUUCAGCUUGAAAAGCAGGAGACAAAGAGAGUCAGCAGGGUGUUGGAUGAGAUUGUCCAGGAGGUUGAGUCUAAAGCACCUGUCCUCAAGCGCCAGAGAGAAGAAUACGAGAGUAUGCAGAGGUCCAUGGCCUCGCUGUGCAACAAACUGGAGCAGGCUCGAAUGGAGAUUUACAGUUUGCAGAAAGAGAGAGAAGAGACCAAGCAGCGCAGUGAUGUCCUGGAGAGAGAAAAACUGAGGACAGAAAGACUGUUAGAGGAUACAUCGUCACAACUCUGUUCUCUUCUGGUGGAGGGUGGAGGUAGCAGGGGUCGUAAGGUGACCACGGAGGAUGGCAGCUCUACUGACAUAUCCAGCACUCUGAGGCAUCUGUCCACGCCAUCUCUCCUUCGUAGUGUUGAAGAACUCCAGAAGCAGAACCAAAAUAUGCUGGGAAGGCUUGAGGGAGCUAGAGGAGGAAAGAGUAAACAACAGAGCCAAAUAACUUCAGCUCGCAUAUCUGAGUUGGAAGCCAGCGUGGACAAGCUUCAGAAAGAAGUGGAGCAACUGAAAGAGCAGAGGAACCAGCAGAAACAGCUCUCUGACUCCAAUGCCCGCCAGAGAGACAUGUACAAGGCACUGUUGACGCAGAGCACCGGCUUCAGUCUCCCACCUCAAGGUCCAGAGUCUUCUUCCCAGCCGGUCCUUCUGUCCUCAGUUCCUGCCACUCGCUCAGUCCCACAGCGUGCCGCUGCUGCAGAAUCGGCACAGGCUAAAGCUGCCUUAAAACAGCUCAAUGAUGCCUUCACUCUGUAUAAGAAAGAAAAGGCAGAAAAUGACAAAAUAUUGAAUGACACAAACGAUCGGCUCCAGAAGAAGCUGACAGAUCUUGGCUCUAGCAAGGUCAAGUUGAUGUCUCAGCUGGAAUUCAUCAACAAGAGGUAUGAGAUGGUCCAGGAGACUGUAUCAGCCUUCCGCAGAGAAAUCUCCAUGCUGCAGGAGAGGAACCAAAAAAUGGCUGCAACAACACAGCGACAUGAACACAUCAUCCAUACAAUGAGUCAAGACCUGCGCCAAGCUAAUGAAAAACUGGCACUGGAAGAGGUGCGUGUAGAAAAUCUGACUAAAGAGAGAGACAUGCUAAGACAGGCAGAAAGUCGGCUCAAUCGAGAAAAAGAGGCAAUGAUGGCUGAGCAACGUAACCAGAACCUACUGCUAUCCAAUCUGAAGACAAUACAGUUGACCAUGGAGCGCACGGAGACAGAGAGUCGACAUCGACUUAACAACAAGAUAGAGGGCUUAGAAAAGGAACUGGUUGCAAUGAAGACUAGGUUGGACAAAGAAAUAGCGCAGAGACAUGCACUGGGACGCACUAUGGAUGCCCAGUUGUUGGAAGCUAAAAAACAACUGGAGGCUCAGAAUACCUUACACCAGAAGACCAGAGAGUUGUUGCGUAGUUCUGAACAGCAGGUGUCAUUGCUGAAAACCCAGCUUGCUUCUGCCACAUCUGAUACGGUCACCACGACCAGUAGCGGUACAACACCCGUCACUAGGGCUUCAAGUCUCAGGGCUCCACUUCGAGUACGCUCUCCAGUACCACCAGCCUCUCAGCAGCCCAGCCAGUCGGACCAGGAGCUUGCAGAGGUGAAAAGUCUUCUGCAUAUUGCUGAGGAACAGAAGGGUGAGCUAGCAGAGCAGCUAAAGAAUGCUAAUGCUAUUGUAGAGCAGUACAGAGCUGUGGUUUUGACUCUGGAAGACAGCCUAAAGAAAGAGAAAGAGUCACGCUCCCCUCUGGAAAUCAGGCUGAAGGAGUCUGAGGAUGUACAGAAGCAACUUGAGAAUAGGAUUUUAGAGGUUGAGAAAAUGAAGCAGCAGGAGCAAGAAGAGAGGAGGGUUGCCAUGGAAACGGUGGAGAAACAAAUAUGUGAGUUGCAGCGUAACUUGAAGGCCAGCCAAACGCAGCAGCAGGAGGCACUAGAGAGAGCUUCUGCUGCUGUUACAAUGGAGCAGAAGGCCAUACAAGAGAGUCUGCUCCAGACUAAGGUAGCUGAAGAGGCACAAGCUAAAUAUGAGCGGGAGCUAAUGCUCCAUGCCGCUGAUGUGGAGGUCUUACAGGAGAUGAAGAAAAAUUCCCAACAAGAAGCAACACAUAAGAAGGAGCUGGAGGAGCAGCUCAGUAAGACUUCCUCCCUACUGCAAGAGAAAACUGCAGUCUGGACCACAGUGGAAACUCAGCUGAAGGAUGAACUGUCCAAGCAAACUUUUCGCUGUGAGGAGCUGGUGAAGCAGAAUUCCCUCCUUCACCAACAGAUGGACGAAAUGGCCACCAGGAUCCGACAGCUUCAACCACAGCAGGACCAGCAGCAACUCGACCUGUCUUUCACUGAGGAAGGAAAGACCACUGAACAGUUAUUGGAAAUAAUCAGGUUUGUGCGACGUGAGAAGGAGAUUGCCAUGGUACAGUGUGAGGCAUUUGAAGGAGAAGCUCUUCGUUGCAAACAAUGGAUGGAACAUCAAGAACAAGAACUGAAAGAGCUGCAAGAAGCUCUCAACUCUGAGAGGCAAAAAACACAGGUUACAGCAAAGACUUUGGCCCAGCAGGAGGAACAGCUGAAAAAGAUGGAGAGCAUCAGUGCCCUCCAAGAAAACAUUAGGAUAUUGAAAAUGGACAGAGAAAAACUGGAACAAGAGCUACAUCAGUCCCAGGCUAAAGUAACUAAGCUUCAGUCAGACAUCAGCCCUCUGCAUCAUUCUUUGACUCAACUUUCAGAACGAAAUGGCUCCCUGCAGGCUGAUAAGCGGUUACUAGAGGAAGAUGUGAAACACUGGAAGGGAAAGGCAGAGCAACUAAAUAGCAAACAGAAAGAUGGGGAUGUUGAAGAAAAACAGAAAAUCACCGCUGAGAGAGAAGUUCAGCAGAAACGGAUCACACAGCUAUGUGAAGAGACAGCCAAGUUAAAGACAGAACUGGCCAGAUCCACUGCCAGCACCAACUCUGCUCAGUCUCAGCUCCAAGCCCUUCGAGACUCUGUGGCUCGUCUGACAUCAGAGAGAGACACUCUGAAGAAAGAUUUAGAAACAAAAAACAAUGAAUUAAUGGAGAAGAACAAGACGAUCACGCAGGUCAAGAAGAUUGGCCGGCGCUACAAGACCCAGUACGAAGAGGUCAAAGCCCAGCAUGAAAAGCUGGUUACUGAAAGAACAGCUAAAUCAGCAGCUGAGAGCCAAGAGGUGCAACAGGAACUGGGUCAGGCUCAGGAGGAGCUCAGCAAGACUAAAGAGGAACUGACAAGACUUAGAGAGGAGGUGCAAAAAAAACAGGAGGAGGCCCAAAAAACCCAACAGAUGCUAGAAGAGGCCCAGAAGGAGCACCAACAGACCAAAGCAAAAUUCCAGGAGGUGCAAAUGCAGCUGGUACAGAAUCAGAACCAGUUGACACAGGUUCAGGCCCAGCUGUCUCAGUCUCAGACUCAGCUGCAGCAGAAUCAGAACCAGCUGACUCAGAGUCAGAAAGACCUUCAGCAAGCUAAAACCCACAUGCAGCAGUUACAGAACCAGUUAAAGUCAGCUCAGAGUCAAACUCAAGCUCGUCAAAAUCAAAUACAGCAAAUCCAGAAGGAGCUACAGGAGACUAAGGAGACCCUUCAACAGAACAUUGCUAAUCAGAAAGAGCUACAACAGACACAACAAGCAAAUCAACAGAGUCACAACCAGGAAGUCGCUACCCUCAAGACUGCACUGAGCCAGGCAGAAAGCAUGGUUGCUGAGCUUCAAGGCCAGUUGGACAUCCUUCAGAAGACUGUUGGCGACCGUGAAACCAGUAUAACGCAUCUGGAGGAGCAGCUAACAGAAGCUAAACAGACCAUUGAGGCUAGCCAGGCCAGUCAGAGUUCCCAGUCUGUCCAGGCCAGUGACGCUAACCUUGGUAAUGAAGCUAGCCAGGCAUUACAAGAAGAGCUGGCAAAACUAAAACAAGAGCUGUCUGAGAGCACGAACAGAGAGGAAAAGCUGAAACUGCAGAUGGCUGACAAAGAGGAAAAGACCAGAAAGGCCAUCCUAGGUGCUAAGACCAAAAUCAGCCUAUUAAACAGUGCCAAGGAGAAGCUGUGUCAGGAAAUAGAAGAACUGAAACAGAGUAAAGAAGAGCAGGAGGUGAAACUGAACGCGCUUAAGUCCCAGUAUGAAGGACGCCUCCUCCGGCUUGACCGAGAGCUAAAGGAUCUAAGAGAGAGCCAAGCUCACUCUGAUACCAAAGAAGAACCACAGGACCAGAGUUUAUCCAAGGUUGGGGAACAGGCCAGAUCUGCAGACCAGAGGCAGAUUUCACUUAAGAGUCCUGCUCAAGACAGAGGAAGCUCCACUCUGUCUGACCCUCCUACUGCCAACAUCCGCCCCACUCCUAGUACACCAUCUCCUAGUAACAAGCCCAGCCCCUCACCUGGUAGCAAGGCCACGCCCCGUGCCAGCAUCCGACCCAUGGUCACCCCAGCAACUGUGUCCAUGUCGACACCCACUGCCACUGUGAUGCCGACCACACAGACUGACAAUCAAGACGUGCUGAUCAGUGCAGGUGCUGCAGUACACUCCACCAGUUCCAGUCUGGUGAGCACGCAAACCUCUGUAUCUCAGCCAUCCAGCACCCAGGCCACAGCUUUUGUUCAGCCCACACAGCAGCAGACAGCCAGUCAGGAUGCAGAGCGGCCAUCCACAUCCUCCUCUUUGAUUGGAUCAGCAAGUUCAAAGAGGAGUAGGGACGAAGAUGAGGUGGAAGAGAGCAGGCCAGAAAGUUCACAACCAUCUCUACAGAGCAAAAAAAUACGACUCCGAUCAACAUUUGCCUUGCAGGUGGAAGAUGACGAGAUGGAGGGCGAGAUCAAAGAUGAGGGAGAAAUUCAGGUUUCAUCAGAUGUCAGUCAGGAGUUGCCAGAAGAGGGAUUGCCAGUCUUGGCAGAAGAUGAUGAGGACAUCAAGGAAGAGAGUGUUUCCCAGUCUGUUCCCGCUGAUCAGACGACCCCUCACACCUCCAGUCAGGAGAGAGACGUCAUUGUAAUAGACACAGACAGUGAGAGCCGUGAGAGCAAAGAAGGGGAGGAGAAGAAGGUGGACGAAGGUGAAGAAGAAGAUGAGGAUGAAGAUGUGGAGUAUAAGGAGGAAGAAUAUGAUGAAGAUGAUGAGGAUGCUGCUGACAGUGGAAUAAGAGGAGAGGAGAGUAAUGAGGACAGCAAAGAGGCAGAAGAGGAGGCGUCUGAAGCCACAAACGAUGAGGAAAAUCUCUGUGGAUCCUCCUCAGACUCCCAGCAACCCUCUGAGCCGUCACACAGCAGUGAAGGUGGCAACAGCACGACAGCAGAACCUGAUCCCCCAAGAGAUGUGCAGUUCCCCACAACUUUCUCUUCAGCAUCCUCCUCAGUGACACUUCGUCUCCCCCAACCGCGCCGUCCUCCUCACCCACUACCUCCAAGGCUUUAUAUUCAACCUCCCACUGCCGAGCUGGGCCCCCCCCACACUCAGCGGCAGGUCUCUCAGCUACGGCGACCAUCAGUUGGACGAGGCCCUCAGCUGACACCUGGAAUAAGCACCAUGCAGCAUUUCUUUGAUGAUGACGACAGGAUGGUUCCCAGCACGCCCACUCUGUUCGUCCCGCAUCGAAAUGAUGGCUUCGCUGAAGCCAUACAUUCUCCUCAGGUGGCAGGUCUGUCUACCAGGUUCAGGUUUGGACCCCCAGAGGAUCUGCUGCAGCAGACGCCAUCCUCACACUCUGACUUAGGUCAGCUGGCAUCUCAAGGAGGUCUGGGUAUGUAUGAGUCCCCUCUUUUCCUGGCUGCUCAUGAGGAAGAUGGGGGAGGAAGGAGUGUCCCAACCACACCCUUACAGGUGGCUGCACCAGUGACAGUUUUUACAGAGUCUCUGCCAUCAGACAACACUGACAACAUGGCCUCCCAAUCUGUUCCCAUGGCAACCACAUCCACUGGGAUGGGUACUGCUACAGACGAUGGAGAUGAGGUCUUCAUGGAGCAUGAAGGGGACGGUCCUGGCAUUGAAUCAUCUUUGGAAAGCCAAGCAGACACAGACUCUGCGGGGCCACAGAGUGAUGAUGCAAGUCUGCCAUCAACUAGCCAAGAUCCAGACACCAGUAGUGUUGCUCAGCGACGCCCCCUGUCCAGUCAACCUCUCAGCAGCAGCCUCGUGGUCAGAGUAGCCAGAGGUGGGAGGGGGGAGCCCAGGACCACACUCAACCGCAGAGGGACUUUCUUUAGAUCAGGAAGAGGAGGAGCAAUGGGCAGAGGGAGCGGCCCUCAGUGAUGAUGUCAGUCUUCUGAGUCAGUAAUUUAGUGCUUCUCUCCCCCAAGCGCUAUAUUCAUAAAUAUGGUAUCAAGUUAAAAUGUAACAGUCACACUGUGAUGUGAUUGUUCCUCUGGUUAAUCUGAGUCACUGGUGUGUGUGGUCUCAGAUCCAGCUAGCUUUUAGUUAUAUUAUGUAGUUUUUCUUUCAUAUACAGUCAUAUUGACAGUCUCAGUUCUACAAUAUUGUUCAUGUUGUCAUUUCUCUGUAACUGGGCUGUUAAUACAUUUGUUUUAAUAAUAAAGCAGUUAGGUCUAUUAUUGAGUAGCUGU